AUGUUUGACACUCCCACCUUAAUUCAAAAUACUCAAAAUCAAACAAAUAGUUAUAACAUUAAAGAUUAUCAAUACAAACUAACAAAAGCUAUGAACCAGGAAGUUCGUAUUAUCUGGGAAGUAGCCACUUUAGAAAAAUAUUUAAAAGAAAAAAUCACUCCUAGGGGAUUGAGAUAUAAUAAAUAUCCCACUUUUGAUAAAGGAGAGGAGGAGUUCAUAGAAGAAUGGCAAGAGAUGCUAGAAAAUUUCGCUUUUACUACCAUGAGAAUGAUAAUAAAAAGAAGAAAAAUCACACUAUCAAAACUAGAUAAAGAUAUAAAUGAGACACAAAAUUUACUAAUAAAUCACACAUCUCCCGAGGAAUAUGAAACAAUUACAAAAAACAUCCAAAAACAAAUAGAAAAAACAGAAACAGAAACCAUCCAAAUUAAAAAAAAGAAAUACAAAAGGGACAAAUACGAUUAUGACAACAAUCAAGUCACCACAUAUGCCACAAAAAAGCAACACAUAGAUACACCAAUAUAUGCAAAUUCUAGGCAACAAUACAACAGAGGGCAUUCACAGUAUCAACCAACUAAAAACUAUUCAGAUGUCGCCAGACAGGGAAACCAACACAACAGAAACAGGAUAAACUCAUGGCAAAGACAAGAAACAUCACCAUAUGAGAGACACCACUUUAGAGCAAGAUCACCUCACGUACGGUUCCCCACACAACAAACACAACCUAUAAGGAUUACACAAACACAAGAUCAGGAGAGAAAUGAUAUAAUAAGAAAAGGUAGGGAGAGAUCACCAAUCCUCACUAGAAAUAGAAAAGAAAUUUAUAGGAACCACAUCACCACUUCAAAUAGGUUUGACACUUUAAAAGAUAGACAAGACAAGGAUGAUUUUUUUCAGGAGGGACGCCAAAAAGGCAAAUACAAAGGAGCACAAUCCCCUCAGGACAUCUCCUCACCUCCGCAUACCCCCCCCAAAAGACAAAGGAAUUUAAGAGGAGAGGAACUCGGGGAGGCAAGACACUUAGGAAG